AGUUGGUGACACAAGACCGUUAAAAACACAAGAAGAGAGUCUUGAGAGAUCAGUCUCUAAUGGCAUCUUCAACAGCAACUUUCUCUCUUUCCUUACCCGCGUUUUCUUCUUCAACAUCUAUUAACUCUCAAAGGAGGAUUUCCAUUUUUAGCGGCAAAGCAGAUGGAAAGACUUCCUUAUCAUCUUCUUUAUUUGGUAGCAAAAUAUGUGUUAACGAAGCAACAAGAACCAAACCAAUGAGCCUGAGAAGUAGUAGAGUCACUUGCUCGGUUUCUUCUACUGUUCUUCCAUCCGCUCUUCUCUUUGACUGCGAUGGAGUGCUCGUUGAUACCGAGAAGGACGGACACAGGAUUUCGUUCAAUGAUACUUUCAAUGAAAAAGAAUUAGGUGUUACCUGGGAUGUGGAUUUGUAUGGCGAGUUGCUUAAAAUUGGAGGUGGAAAAGAAAGGAUGACAGCAUACUUUAACAAGACAGGUUGGCCAGAGAAUGCACCAAAGAGUGAAGAAGAAAGAAAGGAAUUCAUAGCUUCUCUUCACAAGAGGAAAACAGAAUUGUUCAUGGCCCUUAUUGAGAAAAAGUUGUUACCACUUCGGCCUGGUGUUGCAAAGCUGAUUGAUCAGGCUCUGGAAAAAGGAGUCAAAGUUGCUGUAUGCAGCACCUCUAAUGAGAAGGCGGUCUCUGCAAUAGUUUCAUUCCUUUUGGGACCAGAGCGAGCUGAUAAAAUCAAGAUAUUUGCCGGAGAUGUGGUUCCUCGGAAAAAGCCUGAUCCAGCCAUCUAUAUAUUAGCAUCCAACACUCUGGGUGUUGAUCCUUCAAGCUGUGUUGUGGUUGAGGAUAGUGCUAUAGGACUAGCAGCCGCUAAAGCCGCUGGAAUGAAGUGUAUAGUAACAAAGAGCGGUUACACAGCGGAUGAGGAUUUCUUGAAUGCAGAUGCAGUCUUUGACUGCAUUGGAGAUCCUCCAGAAGAGAGGUUUGACUUGACUUUUUGUGGAAGCCUUCUUCAGAAGCAGUUCGUUAGUUAGCCAUAUAAUUCUCUGUAAUUGUAUCGAUUCUAUGGAAUGUGUGUUUUUCUCCUUUUCUAGUUUAUGCCAAAGUCAGUCUAUUGCUUGCGGCCUGAUUGAGGUCUAAACUCACGCGAGUGUAGAUAUAAUUGUAAUGCUGCAAAUGGCAUCUCUAAGUACUGCCUGUGGUUCUAAAUGAUGAUAAUUAAGUUACUUGUGUAUGCUAGAUUAGUUGGUGUAUUACUUUUCCGAAAACAAA